CCCCUAAACAUUGUUGCAAACUGUUGUUGCAUUGCGGUUCCGUGAAAAACCCUUAUCAGACGUCAUUCGGCCAAUCGCCUUUCUACAGUGGCUUUCCAUCAUGGCGUCUAUGCAGAAGCGAUUACAAAAGGAAUUGUUGGCAUUGCAAAGUGAUCCACCUCCUGGAAUGACACUGAAUGAGAGAAGUGUGCAGAACACAAUCACUGAGUGGUUUAUAGAUAUGGAAGGUGCUCCAGGUACUCUCUAUGAAGGAGAGAAGUUUCAGCUCCUCUUCAAAUUCAGUGGUCGAUAUCCUUUUGAUUCACCUCAGGUAAUGUUCACUGGAGAGAAUAUACCCAUCCAUCCGCACGUCUAUAGUAACGGUCACAUCUGUUUAUCUAUUUUAACGGAGGACUGGUCACCAGCUCUGUCUGUGCAAUCUGUGUGUUUAAGCAUUAUUAGCAUGCUGUCAAGCUGCAAAGAAAAGCAACGCCCUCCAGAUAACUCCUUUUAUGUAAAGACAUGUAAUAAGAAUCCAAAGAAAACUAAGUGGUGGUAUCAUGUUGAUACAUGCUAGUAGUAUCCUCACAAUUUUGAUAUAUAAACAGACUUUUCCAGGUACAUCAAGUACUUUAUGAUACAAUCUUUUGGGUUAAGACUGAACCCGCAGACCCUGGGAUGGUGAUUUAUGUGUGGAUUAGGUGUACACUUCUGCUGACUGGAAAAAGUGCAUAAAAACUGCAGGAAUGUAACCCACCCGGCAAGUAUAUUUUGAUGGAAGCAAGAUGUGGAGCUUUUUUUUUAUUUUUUAUUUUUAUGUUAUGUUUGAUUUACGUUGUAUUGUUUUCUUUCAUAAGUCUCUAAGGUUGUGCACCGAUUGUGCAGUAAUAACUUGGGUUUGGAAUAAAAGGAAAGUCAGUGCAAAUCAGAAACCCAGCUACUGUAAUGGAUCGAUCAUCAAAAGCAGAGACAGAUGUCUAUCUUUGCCUUGCUAGGUUAUGCACUGUGAAAUUCGAACAGGGCGUAUUUUUACAUAUAAUUUAAAACCAUAGUUUAUUUUAAAACGUAAGCCAUUUUAAGUUGAAAAUAUAGCUGGGUGUGGUGUAUGAAUGUCAUAUUUACGGAUAUGUACAGAUUUAAUGCAGGGUGUUGAUCAUAACAUCUUAAAGGUUAUUUGGAAUUACACAGAUGCUUUAUGGGUUAGGAUUUAAGCACUGGUUUUAUAGAUAGACCCCCAUUUUGUGUAGUUACAAUGAGGUAACUUUAAGCAUAAUCACUUUAUCUUUUAUGUGAAGCUUUAUCUAGUUAUAUUAAAAUUGUCUGUUUGAUUAAAUGAUUUAUCCUACUGUGCUGGGAAAGGUUCUUUUAAAAAGACGACUUUUCCAUGCUGUUAGCUUAGAAAAAGUAAAGUUUGUCUUUAUUGUUUUGUUAAAACCUUAUUUAACUUUAUUUAAAAGAAAUGUUCU